AUGGGAGACCAACCUAUACCAGAGAAUGUGGACCUCACUAGAUCUCUAAGGGAUUUGUUCGCACCAGUUGCAACAAACUCUCCUUUGUGUAUAGUUUUGCCCCCAAAUAAUGCCACACAUUUUGACCUUAAGCCUCAUGUUAUCCAACUCUUACCGUCAUUCCACAGUUUAGAGAUGGAAAACCCUUAUAGUCAUGUGAGGAAAUUCAAGGAUAUCUGUGCCACAUUCAAGUUUCAGAACUUUUUUGAAGAGUCUGUUCAUUUGAGAUUGUUUCCUUUCUCUCUUCAUGAUACAGCCAAGAUGUCCAAAGUUAAUGAGUGCCAAAAGGAAAUCAGUUCUUUCAUUGAGGAGCAGGAUGAGAAGUUUUCUGAGAGUUGGAAGCGGUUCAAAGAAUCUGCCCGUAUCCUAAAGAACAGAGGCAUCUAUGAAUUGAAAGAAGCCACAGAUUUAAGGAUGAAGAUAGAUGCUCUCACCAUGAAGGUCGAUGCUCUUGCUGUGAGCCAGUCCAUCAAUGCUGCCAACAUAUUCAAUGUUGAUAGUUGUUCCAUUUGUGCUAGUCCUAUGCACUUAGCACAGAAUUGUUCAUCUCUACCGGCUUUUGCCGAGUGUCCGAUGGAACAAGUGAAUGCUUUCAAUGAUUACUAUAAGCAAGCAAGUGGACCACACUCGGAGACCUACAAUCUAGAGUGGCGGAACCACCCUAAUUUUUCAUGGAAGCAAAACCAACCAAUAAAUCAAGGAGGGGCCCCUCAUCAUGCCCAAAAUCAAUACCCUCUCGGAUUUCUUCCACCAGUUCAAAAUCAUGGUCGCUUGGCUCAUCCAACGCCACCCCCUGCAUACCAAGCACCCAAUCAAGUGCCAGCAUCUUCUUCACAGUCUACCUUGGAAGACACUCUCAAGGCCUUCAUGCAGCUAAUAAGCCAAUUUAUAAGUGAAGUGAAGAAUGCUACUAUGGGAGACAAGUGGACAAUCAAGUGGUUCUACCAGAAGAGAGAACAUAUUGUGCCGCGAAGGCAAGAUAGUGGCAAAAAUGAAUGCAGAGAUGCUGAGCCUUCUAGAGCCAUACACACAGUUGAGGAUUCCCCAAGGACGUUUGUGCCUAAAGCUCCCUACCUAGAAAGAUUGCAAGCGCCUAAAAAAGGAGGAAAAUUUGAGGACAUUCUGGAGGUGUUCAAGCAAGACCAAAUCGAUAUCUCAUUUUUGGACGCCAUCCAGCAAGUGACAUCAUAUGCCAAGUUCUUGAAGGACUUGAUCACUGUCAAGAGGAGGACGAAUGUCCCAAGGAAGGCAUUUUUGACCGAGCAGUUUGGGUUAGGGAAAUUGAAACCCACAUCUAUGACACUCCAAUUGGCUGACAGCAAGCAACCAUUGGAAUAUGAUAAGGUUAGAAGUGUAUGCUUGAUUGAGAAGAUUAUUGAGGAGACUGUUGAUGAAUCAAGCAUAGAGGAUCCCUUGGAAGCAUGCCUUGCUCAGUUUGGAGAUGAUUUGGACUUGGACAAGUUAUUUGAGCAGGCAGAUGCGAUUUUGGAGACUGCUCCCAUGAUAAGUAUUGAGAAUGGGGAGACAGUAGUGCUAGAGUCUCCCAAGUUGGAACUUAAGCCUUUACUGGACACUCUCAAGUAUAAGUUCCUCGGCCCAACCAAAUCUUUGCAUGUAAUCAUAGCUUUAGAUUUGAUAAGUGCUCAAGAAGAGAAGUCGUUGGAUGUUUUCAGAAAGCACAAGGAAGCUAUCGGCUGA